ACAACUUCUGUAGCAAUCGUGCAAGGUUCCUUGAACUCUGCUAGUUACACGAACGGACCACGUCUGUCUCAUAAUGCUUAAUACGUUGUCUCACCCCCAGUCCCCUCUCAUCCAGCGCAGUGUAUUGAUCCUCACUCGAUGGAUGCGGAAAACGGGGAGGAGCAUCCUAGUGGCAGCGUACGAGAUCGCAAAGAGAGUUGCAAACUGAUUUUACAACGAAACGGCCCUAGCGCUGCAAGGAAGAAACUGGGAGAUUGCAGGUGCGGUACCGGUGUUGGUGUUAGGCAGCGUGAGACACCAGAGGGGAGAGAUCGACACAAUCUAGAUGAGAAGGAAAGACGCCGAGACUUGGCUGCGAGGGAGUUCAAAUUGGCUAAUGUGCUAGGAUUAAGUCGAUCAUGCAAAAAGAAAGAGUUGUUACGGCGCGCUAGAAAAGAGAUCGAGAGUUUGAAGAGUGAAGAAAGGAAGCUGGAGGAAUCGAAACGGAAAGAGCAAAUGCAUCAAGAAAGGUUGAAAGGGCAGCUAAAUGUGUUGACGAGGAUUCAACCGGAAGUCCCUCCUCAAAUAUGGAGAAACGAAUUUGCUUCAGCCGUCUCUAUUACUGCUAAUGAUGUUCCACAACCCAACUCGGUCCGUUCUAGCAGGAAGCGUCGUCAAUCAGACUCUAUUCCUGCUUGGCAAGGAAUGAGUUACCGAAAUCUUGUCGAUGUCAGAUCUCUCAUUGCACUAGAGCCGAGCUCGUCUGCAGAGCUUUCUAUAGAAAGACAACAUGAAAAUGCUCUUCAGUUGCCUCAUGUCUUUGAGCCUCAUGCAGUUCAGGUUCACAAAACACACUUUCCGCUCGUUCCAGGAGCAACUCCUAACCUACCACCUCUUAUGAACGUCGGCAUUCCCGUCCAUUCUGACUAUUUUGCUUAUUCUCCAACUGUUUUUUCUCCUUCUAUGGUGCCUCUACUCCCACAUUGUUCACGCGGUGGAAGCACCGACUCUGAAUCUUCAUCACCGAGUCACACUUGGAGCUACUCUCCAGGCUCUAGCCCGCACUCUGAAGAACGUCAUUGUGCUGAUGUUCUUCCGCUGGAGAACACCCUAUCUAUAAAACGUGAACCAGAUGAUUCUUUUAGCUGGGAUUGUUAGGCUAGACUUUGCAAUAUUCAUGUGUAGGUGACUGACGUAGUGCUCUUAUUGUAAAUACCGUAGUCAUCUUGGGAUUAGUGUUUGAUAGCAACUGACUUUGUAUUGUAGAUACAAGUUUCUGCGGUUCUAGACACAACGUGUGUCGCCUAAUUAUGAUUGCGCAACUGCGCUUGUCUUGACCGUCAUACGUGCUUGUAUCGUGUGU